AUGAAGCUCAACUUCUUCACCUUACUCCUGCCCUUCCAGGCCUCCAUAGAGCCCACCCCUCACCUCGACCACAGCCACGCUCACGCCCUAGCCCCCCCUUCAGACCUCCAAGCCGACAUCGCGGGCCUCAUCGCCAUGUCUCGCGCCCUGUGGCUCGAAGCCUCACACGUAACCAAGGAGACGUCCGAAGUAGCCGGGCAGGACAUCAUCAACGACAUCGUGAUCGAAUUCAACACCCUAAUCGUGCACAACCACACCGCCUCCUCCAGCGCGCCCGUCGGCGACAGCCGCUCCUCCCGCUCCCUCCUCGUCGGCAUCGGGCACUGGGGCCACCAGACGCAGGCGUUCCUCGGCGCGCUGGCCAGGUCAGCUCAAUCCUUCAAAGACGUGGGCCUCGACGGGGCCAUCGCGGGGAACUUGACGACGCUGAAGACGUGCUCUGCUGAUUUCAGCCAUAGCUUUGGGGCGCUUCUGCCGGGGCUCAAGGACUCGUUUGGGAAGGUGGUCGAUGAACUACAGACGGCGUUUGACGAUGCUAUUGAUGCGUUGAAAGAAUGA